UGCUGUCAUAAUAAUCACAAGUCAAACUUCACUCCCUCUCCUUCUUUCUCUUAAUUAUCCAAGAUUAAUAAUUAAUUAAUUAAUUAAUUAAUUGGGGAAGAACACAAAAGAGAAUGGAGGGUUAUCAUCCUUAUCCUCCAAAACAUCUAAAUUUGUCAGAUUUUACACCAAAUCUUCUCUCUGAAACAACCAUUUUGGGCACUUUUGCUGCCGCCUCAAUCGUUCUUUUCUGUCUCACAUGGUUUCUCUCUGGACUGUCUUCGAAGACAACAAAAUUCGAAAAAUUGGUGAUAUUUUGGAUGACCUUCAACGGUCUAGUACACUUGACACUUGAGUUCUACUUGGUCUUCAAACCCGAAUUCUACAAGGACAAGACUGGAUCCAUCCUCGCCGAAAUUUGGAAACUCUAUAGCAAGAGUGAUUCCAGGUAUCUGUCUCUUGAUUCCACAACAAUAGCUCUUGAAGGAAUUUCAAUCUUUAUAUUAGGUCCAGCCAACCUUUUAGCUGCGUAUGCUACAACAACACAAAAGUCGUAUAGGUAUCCUCUUCAAUUGAGUGUAUCUUUGGGGGAUUUGUACGGCUUUGUUAUAUACGUCAUGACCGCAUUCUUAGGAGGGGAAAGUUUCUCAGCAAGUCCAUAUUACUUCUAUGUAUAUUUCAUUGGAUUUAACUCCCCUUGGGUUUUCGUACCCUUGCUCAUAAUUAUCAGAUCUUGGAGAAAGAUUUGUAAACUUGAGGGUACUAAUAAGAGAAAACUCCAUUGAUAUAAAGUAGUUACAUUGAGAAAUUAAUUUUGGCACACAAACUGUGUGAGUAUAACACGGAAAAUUGUAUUUCACUGUGGUGUGCCAAAAUCAUUUCGCGUUAUAUUUGUUUUCACUUGUAAGUUGCGAGUAUUAAGUUUCAUUAAACAUUUGUAUUCCUCAAGAACAUACUCUUCCCAUCUCUUUUUAAUCUUUAUGUUUAGUAUCAUACACACAAUUUAACAAUUA